AUGGACGUUGAAGUUCUGAGACCGGUUAUUAAGAAGCCGAACUGGGACGCUUUCGUGGAUCAUGCGACUGAAACGUUGUGGCUGUUCCGGGACUGCGAUAACCGCCUUUUCUCGUCAUUCGGCUCUUCCUUGGACGUUUUCGAUAGUAUCCCCGAGAGCCGUUUGAAGGAAGCAUCCGCGGAUGCAAAAUCGAAUAUGUCUCAGGCUCUCACCGCCUGGCUUUUUCAAAUUCAACGCCACGAGAAUUGCAGGCCGCCAUUCAGGAACAAAGAAUUGCUAGCGAGGCCAGCUGGGAACUUCUGCCAACACCUCUUGUUAGCAAUAUCCCGCGCGGGCUCUGAAAUUUCAGGACCACGACGAGAAGAUGAAUUCAGGCGGCAGUUGCUAGCUACGGACUCCGUCGACCAGGGUAACCCGAACGGACGAAUGCAAGAUCUUGACGAUUCCGUUUUCAACGUUGAGCAGGAAAAGAACAUGAUAGAAUCAAGCAACGCACCUUCAGCCCUUCAGAUUCUCAGCCAACAGUACCAUUACCCUCCCAUUAUCGCCCUACAACCAUACAGCUUUUCCACCAGCGUUGCCGUUCCAUGA